AUGGUGCAAUUAAGAAAACAAAAUCCCAUCUUAUCCAUUGUAAAUGGACUAAUUAUUGAUUUACCGGCCCCCGCCAAUCUUAGUUAUAUGUGGAACUUCGGUUCUUUAUUGGGGGUGUGUUUAGUUAUACAAAUUGCUACAGGAAUAUUUUUGGCAAUGCAUUAUUGCGCGGAUGUAAGCUUAGCUUUCGCUUCAGUGGACCAUAUUAUGCGUGAUGUUAAUUAUGGAUUUUUAUUAAGAUACUUUCACGCCAAUGGGGCCUCUAUGUUUUUUUUAUGUCUUUAUGUUCAUAUUGGUCGAGGGUUAUACUAUGGAAGUUAUUCUAGAGUUGAAGUUUGGAACGUUGGUGUUGUUUUAUUAAUAUUGACAAUGGCAACGGCUUUCAUUGGAUAUGUUUUACCUUGGGGGCAAAUGUCCUUUUGGGGCGCGACAGUUAUUACUAACUUACUAUCUGCCAUUCCCUAUGUGGGCACAGAUAUUGUUCAAUGGGUGUGGGGAGGAUUUAGUGUGUCUAAUGCUACACUUAAUCGCUUUUUCAGCCUUCAUUACUUAUUUCCUUUCCUUUUAGCGGCUUUAGUGGCCGUUCAUUUAAUUUGUUUACAUGUUGAUGGCUCUAAUAACCCUAUUGGGGUAAGAUCGGACCUUGAUAAAGUGUCCUUCCAUGUUUAUUACACAUCAAAAGAUUGGUAUGGCAUAGUGGCGUUCGCAGUGUUUUUUUGUUCUCUUGUGUACCUGGCCCCUAAUUUAUUAGGAGAUCCUGAGAAUUUUAUUCAAGCUAAUCCCUUGGUAACUCCAGUGCACAUUCAACCAGAGUGAUAUUUUUUAUUUGCCUACGCUAUAUUACGUUCUAUUCCUAAUAAAUUGGGAGGGGUAGUAGCUAUGUUUGCUAGCCUUUUAGUAUUAUUUUUACUCCCCUGGCUUCACAGUAGUCGAUUUAGAGGAUUAACCUUCCGGCCGUUAGGUCGAAUUGCCUUUUGGUUUUUAAUUGCAGAUUUCUUGUUGCUUACUUGGAUAGGGUCUCAGCCUGUUGAAGAGCCCUUUAUUCUGGUGGGACAAUUGGCCUCUGUUUUUUAUUUCUCUUACUUUUUAAUAUUAACCCCCUUAAUAGGAUAUAUUGAAAACCGCCUGCUAUUCCCAAAGGGGGAGUGGUAG